CACUCAUUGACGAUAGUAUGAAGUGGCGUGUUUGCAACGCUCGCACAAAAUUAUAAAAUGUGUCAGUGCGGAACCGUUUCCCUGCUGCUGUUAUUAUUAACAGGUGUACCUAUUUUAAUUGCACAAGACAGUUCUACAACGGAUUCAACCAAAGCCUCAGAGGGUACUACUUCCUCAGAAGUAAUAGAAGAGUUUGAUCCGAGCAAUGCGUAUUGUUUUGAAUUUACAUGGCUUGGACCAUCGUAUGAUAAAACAGUAUCAUUUGAAAGUACAUGCGAGGACUUUGUAAGCGAGAAAAAUAUUGUCGAGCAUGGAUUGUGUCGACAACCAUUUGUUAUCACAAAUGACAGCACACUGCCUGAUCUGCAAUAUUUAUGGAGGCACAGUAGUUACAAACCUCGUGUAUUGCGACGUAAACGAAAAGGAGAAGUGUGCGUAAGAUAUACAUAUUUCUUCAAUGAUGAAGUUAUGAACAUAACUUAUCUACGAUCGAAGGUUUUCGCCGAAGACGAAGGCGCAGUGACCAGCGGAUGCUACACGCAGGAGCACAAUGGCAUUGCAUCCGAAUUGUGCGUGUGCGAGCCGCGUGUUGGCGACUAUUUCCCAUGUAAUACCGCCCCCGCAGCAUCCACGUUGAUAAACGGCGCGAUCGUCGCAUUAGCAUGCAUGUUGACGCGAUGGCUAAUUUAAAUUAUUCAGUGUGAUCCAAUAUUCUGACCAGCCAAUUACUCCCCCUCCCUUCAAUCCUCAAUACCGGAUGCGUCCCAUUGUGACACGCAUGCAAAUUAAUGCAGCGCGCACAGGUGCGCUGCGUUUAUUUAUUGUACACAUUUGAUAAUUAGGCGUCGGAAGCUGACAUGAGAUGGAAUUGAUUAUUGUGGACGAAGAAAGGGUGACUUUGCAAGUUUGCGUUCUGAUUGCGAUUGGAUGGGAUUAGCUGUUAAUUAAUUAAUGUGUUGGGAGUCCGAACUGCAGCAUGCUUGAAAACGCUAGAAUAACAACUGUUUGUUUAUCGUAUGUUAGAUGAAAUUAUUAAUUAUAUAUAUAAAUUAUUUAUGUAGCAUAUGUUAACAAUACUAAUUAAACAAUUUAAUUAAA